CAAGACAUGAUUUUCUUGCCUGACACGAUCCUCUAUGCUCCACAUCAACUUAAAAACAUUUAUUCAUAAACAAACCCAUCCAUCUCUCUCUCUUAAACAUCUCUUUGGAUUGGAUAUAUAAUAACUGUGGUCGACGACGACACAACUUCCCCCAAACAAAACGUUACGUCUUUGACAUAAAAGAUGAGCGGAAGCACCACCGGUUGUGGAGGUCCAUGCGGCGCAUGUAAGUUUCUCCGACGGAAAUGCGUUGCUGACUGUGUCUUCGCUCCCUACUUUGAUUCGGUGGAAGGGACGUCUCAUUUCACGGCCGUGCACAAGGUUUUCGGGGCGAGCAACGCCUCCAAGCUCCUCAUGAUGAUUCCAGCCAGCCGGAGACUGGACGCUGUCGUCACGCUUACUUACGAGGCAUUGGCUAGGCUUCGCGAUCCCGUCUACGGAUGCGUUGGUCAUAUCUUCGCCCUUCAACAUCAGGUGAUGAAUCUACAGGCGGAGUUAGCUUACGUCCAAACUCAACUCUCAACAUUACAAGGUCUUCCUCCGCCGAAUUCUCAAAACAAUUCACGGACAGAAGCAGCCUCUUCAUCUAAUGUGCCACUCAUUUCUUCUGUCGAUAGCAAAGACAAUAUGUCUUCCUCGUCGUCACACAUUCCUUGUAUGUCACAACAACAAGAACAAGAACAGCCAAAAGAAGCUAUUGAGGUCCCAACAGAGUCAGUGGAUCUUAGCACAUUCUUUGGCCUGGAAAAUCCAGUGGAUGAGGACGGUGAUCUUAACGCUCUUGCCCGUGAGUUCUUCACUAAGUAUUUGACCGGAGGCAAAUACCGACCAUCUUCUUUAAUAUAACCAUGUUAACCUUUGCGACAUUUAUUAGGAACUCUUUAUUUUGUACUAACUGGAUUGCCCUGUAACUUAAAAGGGGCGUUAAUAGAUUCUAUUGGAUUUGCAGUGCAAACUCACAUCUCACAUCUCACGCUUGACGUCGACAUGACACCCAUGUCCCUCUAUUUUAUUAUAAGGCAUUGCUCCAUUUUAUUGGGGUCCAAUAAUGAAAAUGUUAAAUGUGUA